AUGCUCGAUCCCGUUCCGGCUCAUGUCGGUAAACCGACGAAUCAUCAAAGGGAUUCGGAUUUCCUUGCACAUCUGGCGUCAUGUCAUCGAAAACACCUGAGGAAUGUGAUAAGUUAUUGGGUAUUUCAUUUGUUAUUGAAGUUUGGUGCGGUCUCUUGAAUCUCAAUUUGGUUAUUAAUUAAUCCAUUUGGAAUGGAGUGGGACCACGAAAAAUGCCUUGCCUUGAUUGGGCUCUACGAGGAGAAGGCAGAACUGUGGCUUCCCAAUCAUAAAUACCAUCAUAACAAAUUUAAAAAAAAUGAUGCUUGGGAAGAAAUUGCCAGCAAGUUGGGAGUGUCUCCUGAUGCAGCAAAAGGAAAAAUGCUGUCUUUGCUUGCCUCCCACAGGAGGGAAAUUAACAAGGAAAGAUCAACAAGGGAAACUGGAAAAGGGCAGGACGAAGUAUACUCAAGUAAAUGGUUUGCAUAUGAAGCUUUGAGGUUCAUUAAGGAUAAAAACCAAUGUAAACCAACUCUGAGCUCAUCCCUUCCGCCAAAGGUUAAUCAGGAGACAAUUUCACAGCAGGUUGAGGAGGUUGAGGAUCUGGAGUGCACCGCAACUGUUGAUGUAGAGGACGAGGAUAAUGUCAUGGAAGCAGAUGAUAUCGAACAGUCUCAGUCUGCAUCAACUUCAUCAAGGGAGCAAUUUGUACAACCUUCUGCACCCAAGCGCAAAAGAAAAACACCACCUACUGGUGGUACUCAGGUGGACCGAGUUGUGGAUAUGUUGGAACGAUCUCUGGAUCGCAAUGAUUGUGACGUGUUUGGUGAGCAUGUAGCUAUGAAAUUAAAGAAAUAUGACGAGAAAACAAGAGCUACAGUUGAGUACUACGUCAACAAUAUUCUGUUUGACGCUGACAUGGGCUAUCUUCAAGUGCCUACUCGGUAUCAGCCACCAACAUUAAGGUUUUCUGACCCUCCUUCACCCUUCACAACAAGCAAUCCUUCAGCUUCAGGACGGUUUCCCUUCAAUACCGAAAUAUGUGAUCGUUCAGACACACUAUCAGCCACGGGUGGCAACAUAAUUUCCUCGGCUGCAGGGAGCUCAUACUCCCAAAUCCCCGAUUAAUUAUUAAGAUUAUCAGUUUAAAUUCUUUGUUCUAAACUUUUUUCAGUUUCGCAUAUUUAAUUAUUUAAAUUUUCAGUGUUGUUUUAGUCCAAUUUACAAAUAUAUGUUGUUUGUUCCAAGAAAAUUAUUAAAUACAUGUAUACAAAAAUGAAA